CUCGCUAUAUUCACAGAGAUUUGUUUCGACUGGGCAACGCUGUAAGAUGAGUGCACGUGUAACAGUUCUCUUGCUUCUGGUUGCCCCAAGAUGCAUAGAUUCUUUGGAAUGUUACGCAUGUGCAGAUAUAGCAAAUAUAAAUGAAUGUCUAGUAACUUCACAGUGCCAAAGUAGACAGUCUUGUUUUACCAGCAAGCUUGUAUCCGGGCAAGACACGAGGUAUUCGCUUGGAUGUACAGAUUACCAGCUAUGCGGAGUCCAAUCAAACAGUCAGCCAGAAUUAGUUGGUCGUGAGAUAAGCAGCCGGGAAACGUCUUGCCACGAGUGCUGCAGUUCCGAAAGAUGUAACAAUCAGCUGUGUAUCCAUUUCAAACCAACAACUUGCAUUGAUGACGCAAAAGUUGACUGCGCUUACAUGAAUGCGAUGUUCAAUAUAUGUAAAGAUAUUCAACAUUCGAAAACAGUCUGUCCAAAUUUUUGUGGUCUUUGUCAACUAGUUGACGGUAACUGGGCUCAGUGGACGCAAUGGUCUUCUUGCGACGUAACAUGUGAAGCGGGUAAACAAACAAGAACAAGGACUUGCACAGAUCCUGCUCCAGCAAACAAAGGAUUGGAUUGUGUAGGAAAUAAUACUGAAACAAAACCAUGCAUCAAACAGCCAUGCCCUGGUACACAAUUUUGUGUAUAAAAGUCUUGAAAAAAGAUAAUUGUCGUUGGCUGUCAGCCGUUUAUUACAUGCGUUUAAAAAAUAUUAAAAUCUGAAAAAUGCUACGACUAUUUGCAUCUGUCCACAAUGCAAAAGCUUUUCCUUCGUUGCAACUAUAUACAGUGCAGCGGGUAUAUUCCAGUUUCUAUGAAAAUAAUUUGGAGCAUUCCCAGGUAAAAUGCUCAAUUAACUGCGCGUGUGCACUUGUUUUUCAUAUGUAUGCCGAACGUUGACAAGGAAAGUGUGUUAGUGGAUGAACUAAACUUUUGUGAUAUGCAUGGCUUCCACAUACUUCAAACACACCAAUAUUCCAAAGUCAAAACUGCAUUUCCUUCGAUGAACUUAUAAACAACAAAAGAAUUUCAAAAGUCCUAUGAAAUCUUUUGUGGACCAUUCAGAUUUCACAAUUGUUCGUUUGGCCACAAUUGUUUACAGUUUGAGAUAUGAGCAUAUAAACGUACGUUGUCGAUUUAAAGUGUGCGUUGUGAUGAGACGCGUCGAUAUAAUUGGAUUUCUUCGUUUCAAAGAUAAACUUCGCAACACAGGAACAGUCACCAAACCGUAAAUAUAAUAUAUGAAUUAAGAUUUGAGAUUUGAGAAAGUAACAUCUGGCAUGCAAUACACGACUGUUUUUAAAGUACGCGCAUAGGACUUCGACCUCAUUAUACCAACAACACGAUCAUUUUACUUUUUUCCAAAAUGGGAACUACUGAAAGUAAAAAUCAAACUGCGAUUUCUAAAACUAAAGGUCACCAGUACGUACUCAUACCCGGUAAACAAUGGAACUGCUAUUUAGACCUAGAAUACAUUUAGUCAUUUGUUACAAAUUUUAAUAUUCACUUAUAUUCACGUUAAUAAGACAUCCACAAGAAAAUUCAGACAUAUUUGUUCUAGCCGCUUUUGCGUUAAGUAUAUCGGCAACAAGGACGGUAACAUAAUAUGAAGAAAUGUUGAUAAUGGUAUACGAUUUUCGUGUACAUAGUAGAUGCAGCAUCUAAGCGCAAGCAUAUAUUUACAUAUGUGUGUAAACAAAUUUCAGUUCACGGAGGAUGGUCAAUCUGGUCUGACUGGGGAAGCUGCUCUGUCACAUGCGAGGUCGGAAUUCAAAAAGGUAUCGUAACUGUUCCAAUCCGUUGCCGUCAAAAUUUGGAGACCAUUGCUUUGGUGACUCUAUGGACGACAGACUUUGUAAGCCUGGCCCAUGUGCAAAUGGCGGAUGGUCAUUCUGGGGUAAAUGGAGCAAUUGUAGUGCUUCAUGUGAUGGUGGCUUACGCUCCCGAUUCAGAGACUGCAGCAAUCCAGUACCGUCACCUCAAGGGAAAUUUUGUGUUGGACAAUCAUCGCAAGUUGAAGACUGUAAUAAAAACC